AUGGAGGAUCCCCUAAAACUCAUCGACUACGCCAAGCGCGGGGACACGGACGAGCGCGCCAUGCGCAUGGCGGAUUUCUGGCUAACGGAGAAAGACCUCGUCCACAAGCUGUUCAAAGUGCUGGCGCCUCGCUUCCAGCCGCACCCCGGCAGCUACACCCGCAUGCUGCAGAUCCCCAACCGGGACCGCCUGGACCGUGCCAAGAUGGCUGUGAUCGAGCUGAAGGGGAACCCCUUCCCACCGCUCAUCCUCCCGCGUCGUGACAGCGAGAAGACGCUGCUCAACCAGCUGCUGAAGGGGUGCCGGGAGGACGCCCAGCGGGCUGCAGGCCCUUGAGGGCACCGUGCAGGCAUCCUGCUCUGCCCCCAGCAUGUCCCAUGUGGGCAGCAGGAUGGGGCCUGGGGUGAGCUGCCUGUGCACCAGGCAGUGAGCUCGCAUCCCAGGGCAGGACACCUGCUGCUCUCCUGGAGCACAGGGGUGGAAGUUGUCCUGGGAGGGCUCAGGAUUUAUUCCUAGCCUUAAAUGAUCAUAACAGGGGCACAAGCUCAAGGUUUACCUUCAUCUUCCUGUGCUUUAGUAGCAACUUCACAAGAGAAGGAAAUCAAGCUGCGAGCCCUAGUGGUUGAUAUCCUCUGUGUAAAUAAACUACUUUGAAAAGUGA